CUUGUUGUCGGUUGAAGACGCUUUUAAGUGAGACCGGUUUUCCUUCAAUACUGACAAACGUUUAGUUGCACUGGAUUUAGAUACACAAAAUUCGAGAAAUGGCGGACAUUUCAACUUUUCAAGCUCUUGAUCUUCCACCUAUUUCAAAGAUAAAGUUUGAUUUGAUUCGUGCAACAAGGGAAUGCUCACAGAGAAAAUUACUUAAUAGCGCAAAAUGGGCUGCCGAAAUGUCAUAUGGUUUAGAAGUUCAGGUAGAAACAUCUCAGCUGCGACAUCAGGACCGAGAAGACUUUCUAAAAGAGUAUGACCAGUACACGCUAGCAGUGAGCUAUUUUGACCUGAAGGAGUAUGACAGGGCAGCCCACUUCGUCCAUGACUGUCACAGCAGCCAGGCCUACUUUCUCUACAUGUACUGUCGCUACCUCGCCGAGGAGAAACGCAAAAACGAUAAUGCUUCAGACUCCAUAGGUCCCCCAAACAAACUGGAGAAUGAGCAAUUGAAGGCCCUCAAAAUGGAGCUGUGUAAAAAAUAUGCCAACAAGGAACUUGAUGGAUUUUGUUUAUAUCUGUAUGGAGUAGUCCUGAAAAAGUUGGAUCUGAUCAAAGAAUCAAUGGAAAUAUUUGUGGAGGCUAUAACCCAAGAGCCUUUACACUGGGGAGCAUGGCAGGAACUGGCUGGACUCAUCACAGAUAAGGAAACACUAUUAUCCCUGUACUUACCAAAUCACUGGAUAAAGAAUGUGUUCCUGGCUCACAUAUACCUCCAACUCCAACUGAACGAGGAGGCCAUGAAGAUCUAUCAGAGCUUGGCAGAAAAUGGGUUCGCCAAGAGUUCAUACAUAGUGUCACAGAUCGCAGUGGCCUACCACAACAUGAGAGAUGUAGACCAGGCGAUGACCGUGUUCACAGAGCUACAGGAAAUGGACCCCUACAGACUGGAAAACAUGGACAUCUUCUCCAACCUGCUGUACAUCAAGGAGAUGAGGGCAGAGCUGGCAAACUUAGCCCACAAGUGUUGUGACAUUGAUAAGUACCGGGUGGAGACCUGCUGUGUUAUAGGUAACUACUAUUCUAUACGACAGCAGCAUGAGAAGGCAGUGCUGUAUUUCCAGAGGGCAUUAAAACUCAACCCCCACUAUUUGUCAGCCUGGACCCUCAUGGGCCACGAGUUUAUGGAACUGAAGAACACAUCUGCUGCUCUACAGGCUUACAGACAGGCUAUAGAGGUUGAGCGGAGAGACUACCGGGCGUGGUAUGGACUUGGACAAACCUACGAAAUUCUCAAGAUGCAUUACUACUGUCUCUACUACUACCGACAGGCCCAGAAACUGAGACCAAAUGACUCACGGAUGGUGAUGGCCCUGGGAGAGACCUACGAGAAAUUGGAGAGGUUACAGGAGGCAAAAAAAUGUUUUUGGAAGGCAAACUGUAUAGGUGACAUGGAGGGCACUGCUCUCAUCAAACUAGCCAGACUACACGAGAAGCUACACGAGGAGGACCAGGCAGCUUCUGCCUACACAGAUUAUAUCAACGAGGCCAGUCGACAAGGGAACUACAACCCUGAAGACCAGAGUCAAGCCUACAAGUAUCUAGCUAACUACCACCUAAAACUCGGACAACUGGACGAGGCGUUCACUGCUGCACAGAAGUGUUCUGAAUUCCCGGAGACCCGAGAGGAAGCAAAGGGUAUACUUCGGGACAUACAGAGUCUCCGCGCCCAGAAGGAGGGCCUGAGUACCCCCAUUAGGAUGGAUGACAGUAUGGGAUCCAUAACAACAGAGCGCUUCCAUACCAAUGAUCAUACACCGAUUGGUCGUCUCUCUCCUGUCAACCUUAAGUUCACACCCUGACAACACUUACAACAUCAAGCUCGGAGACCAACAUUACACAACUUGUCAAAAGUAUAACAAACAGAAAGUAAUGAGGAAAAAAUGUCAUCAGAGAAAUAAAAUGACAGAGAUGGAGUGAAUCAGGCGAGGGUUUCUCCCGUCAUUCUGAAGUUGACACCCUAACAAGUCUGGACAAGUUAUUGCUCAGUAUCCUUGUUAGAUAAGCUAAAACAGAGUUUAAGCUGAGCAAGCCUGGCCCAUAGCAUGGAGCUAAAGAUGAAACCAUAUCUUGAACACCUAUACCUGAUUUUGCAAAUGUCUUACUUACCGCGGUAACUUAGGAUAUAUGAACUGGAGUAUAAUAAGAUUGGAAGUAUGUCCCCAACUGCUAAUUGCAAAUUAAGUGAUGCUAUUUUGUCCUGCAGCAGUGAUGCAUUUCAUUUUAUCUUUGUUAGUGUAUUAUCAUGUUAAAAUAAAAUGUACUUUAAAAGAGAA